AUGAAAAAACUCAAUGACAUGAAGGAAUUCAAAAGAUCUUUAGAAUUGUUUCGUGAAUGUGAACAAACAAAACAUGAUAUGAUUACAGAUCUAGCUGUUGGCCAAGCACUGAAAUCGUGUGCUAACAUAAAAGAUUUUCAAGCUGGCUCCCGUAUACAUCACCGAUAUGCAUCUUUAAUAGAAAAAAACAAUUAUUCAAUAGGAUCUCUGAUCGAUUUUUAUAUGCAAUCAAAAGAUGUUGAUAAUGCUCAGUUGCUCUUUGACAAACUGGAGAAGAAAACCGUUGCUAUUUACAGUAUAAUGAUGAAAGACGCCGAAAAAGAAGUCUUAAAUGUAAAAGAACAUCUUGAUUGCCACGGUUCAUUUACACGAUACUUCACGUUUGAUCCAACAAAAAAGUUUCUUCUGGUUGCCAAUCAAAAGUCCAAUAAUUUAGUUUGUUUUUCUUACAAUUAUGACAAUGGCACAUACACAUUCGUCUCUCAAUUGGAUAACAUCGAAAGUCCCCAACACAUUGUAUUCCUUAACGAUCCAUCUCUCUGA